AGCAUUGAGCUAAUUAAUCGUGCAAAUUAUCUACUCAUUGAACUACUUCUGAAUCAAGUCUCAACAAUAAAUAAAAAAUAUAAACUCUCACGAGUAGCAAAUGAUCAGAAAGUUCUCGUCGAACAAUUCAGGAUUUUCGCAUUUUAGUUCUUAAUUAAACAUAACGUCGAGAGGAUUAAAUUUUCAUUAAACUCCGAAUACGAACAAUUUAAAUAGAAAAGUUAAUUUUUUGGGAUCAGAAAAUGUGGAAAAUUGUUUUAUUAACUACGCUAGGCUUUGUAAUAUUUGUUAAUGGCUAUGCAUCCCACAAUUACGAUGUUUUAACAUCCGAUUGCAUCGAACAAGCUAGAAUGAGCUUCAAAGCUAUGCCAAAGCAAAAGAAAAUUAUCAUCAAUGGGAAAACUAUGGGAUAUUACGGCUUUAGUGACAGCUCAACUUCAGUGAUAACGUUAAAUAUCUCGAGAAGCGAUGUCAGAAUUCCAACUGCUAACAUGAGUUACAUCAAUAUGAUUGUGUUUGACGCAUCCUACAACGGUAUUGAGAAUAUUGAUGACAUUGGAAAUGAAACAUUUCCUUCAUUGAAAUCAUUUAAUCUUUCACAUAAUGCGUUGAAGAAUGUGCAUUCACAUUUGUUUACACAUUGUAAAGAAAUAGAAAUUCUCGAUUUAAGUUACAACUGCUUCAUCAAAUUUCAACCGGGAGAAGUUUUCCUGCAACAUGAGAAUUUAAAGAAACUUUUAUUAAACAACAAUCGGUUACAUUUUAUUCUAUUUACUCCUGGCUUACCUAAAGUUAUGGUUUUGGAAUAUCUCGACAUAUCCAACAAUUUUCUAACUGAGUUUUCAAACGAUGAAGUACAAAUCCAUCGUCUGGAAAUGAAAAAUAACUCGUUAGCAAAUGUUGUAAUUUUUCACGCUGAAAAUAUGAUUCUGAAUGCACAGCAUAAUAAAAUGCUUCAUUUUAUUGCACCUGGCGGAAACUUCAAAUUAUUAAAUUUAUCACACAAUGAUUUCUCUUAUAUAUCAUUUGUCGAAGUGAACGAAGCAAAAAUUUUAGAUGUUUCACAUAACCGAAUACAAAGCUGGACUUCUAUAGAAUCAAGUGAAGAAAUGUAUGAAGAUUGGAAAGAUUCUGAGGAAAACUUCGGGGUCGAUUACAUCGAUGAAGACGCUUCAGUUUUUGACAAAUCUGAUGUUCAAAAAGUGCUGCACGAAAGAGUUGGAGUUAAAUCAGGAUUCUUGAAUUUAGCAUCGAACAAUUUAAGCUCGAUUCAUGAUUUACGUCAUUUCAAGAAUUGCAUUGAAAUGAAUUUAGCCAGCAAUAAUUUAAGGAACAUUGAUUUGGAGAGUUUUCGAAUCCUUUUCCCUAUGCUGAAGAAAGUUAAUUUGAUAAACAAUCCUUUGACAUCUGUCGAUGAAAUUGAAUUAAAAUUCUUUAACUCCACUCGCUUUUUGAAGCUUCAUUUUGAAUAUCACUCUUCAACAGAAGUUCCAAAAACAUUCACCCUCGUCCCGCCAACAAAAAUGUUGACACUUCCAAUUACAACGUCAACAAUAAUUAGUCGAGUAGAUGCGAUGACAACACCACCAAUGACAACAGUCAGCACUCAAUCUAUCAAAGUCACUUCGGAAAAUCACAACACAGAAAGUUUUAAUGAUACAACAAUUAAACCAGUGGAGAAAAAUUCACUUAAGCUUUGGUUGUUGGCAAUCAGUCUUUCAGCAAUCAUCGUGUCGACAGUCAUUUACAUAAUUUAUCGAAGACGUAAUCAGAAUGUGCAAAUUUUGAGACGAACAUAUAACGAAGCGGAGAACUAUUUGUAG